AUGGCGGCGCCAGUUUCAAGAAAGAUAGGGAUAGACCAUGGAGCAGAAGUUGUACACGUGUCCACAGAGUCCAUUUCAGUGUUCCUACCUGUGCCCCUUACAGUGUCCAUAGAGUCCGUUACAGUGUCCCUACCUGUGCCCCUUACAGUGUCCACAGAGUCCGUUACAGUGUCCCUACCUGUGCCCCUUACAGUGUCCACAGAGUCCAUGACAGUGUCCCUACCUGUGCCCCUUACAGUGUCCAUAGAGUCCGUUACAGUGUCCCUACCUGUGCCCCUUACAGUGUCCACAGAGUCCAUUUCAGUGUUCCUACCUGUGCCCCUUACAGUGUCCACAGAGUCCAUUUCAGUGUCCCUACCUGUGCCCCUUACAGUGUCCACAGAGUCCAUUACAGUGUCCCUACCUGUGCCCCUUACAGUGUCCACAGAGUCCAUUACAGUGUCCCUACCUGUGCCCCUUACAGUGUCCACAGAGUCCAUUACAGUGUCCCUACCUGUGUCCCUUACAGUGUCCACAGAGUCCGUUACAGUGUCCCUACCUGUGUCCCUUACAGUGUCCACAGAGUCCGUUACAGUGUCCCUACCUGUGCCCCUUACAGUGUCCACAGAGUCCAUUUCAGUGUUCCUACCUGUGCCCCUUACAGUGUCCACAGAGUCCAUUUCAGUGUUCCUACCUGUGCCCCUUACAGUGUCCAUAGAGUCCGUUACAGUGUCCCUACCUGUGCCCCUUACAGUGUCCAUAGAGUCCGUUACAGUGUCCCUACCUGUGCCCCUUACAGUGUCCACAGAGUCCAUUUCAGUGUUCCUACCUGUGCCCCUUACAGUGUCCACAGAGUCCAUUUCAGUGUUUCUACCUGUGCCCCUUACAGUGUCCAUAGAGUUCGUUACAGUGUCCCUACCUGUGUCCCUUACAGUGUCCACAGAGUCCGUUACAGUGUCCCUACCUGUGCCCCUUACAGUGUCCACAGAGUCCAUUUCAGUGUUCCUACCUGUGCCCCUUACAGUGUCCACAGAGUCCAUUUCAGUGUUCCUACCUGUGCCCCUUACAGUGUCCAUAGAGUCCGUUACAGUGUCCCUACCUGUGCCCCUUACAGUGUCCACAGAGUCCAUUUCAGUGUUCCUACCUGUGCCCCUUACAGUGUCCACAGAGUCCAUUUCAGUGUUCCUACCUGUGCCCCUUACAGUGUCCAUAGAGUCCGUUACAGUGUCCCUACCUGUGCCCCUUACAGUGUCCAUAGAGUCCGUUACAGUGUCCCUACCUGUGCCCCUUACAGUGUCCACAGAGUCCGUUACAGUGUCCCUACCUGUGCCCCUUACAGUGUCCACAGAGUCCGUUACAGUGUCCCUACCUGUGCCCCUUACAGUGUCCACAGAGUCCAUUUCAGUGUUCCUACCUGUGCCCCUUACAGUGUCCAUAGAGUCCGUUACAGUGUCCCUACCUGUGCCCCUUACAGUGUCCAUAGAGUCCGUUACAGUGUCCCUACCUGUGCCCCUUACAGUGUCCACAGAGUCCGUUACAGUGUCCCUACCUGUGCCCCUUACAGUGUCCACAGAGUCCGUUACAGUGUCCCUACCUGUGCCCCUUACAGUGUCCAUAGAGUCCGUUACAGUGUCCCUACCUGUGCCCCUUACAGUGUCCAUAGAGUCCGUUACAGUGUCCCUACCUGUGCCCCUUACAGUGUCCAUAGAGUCCGUUACAGUGUCCCUACCUGUGCCCCUUACAGUGUCCACAGAGUCCAUGACAGUGUUCCUACCUGUGCCCCUUACAGUGUCCACAGAGUCCAUUACAGUGUCCCUAACAGCGUCCCUACUAGUGUCCCUUCCAGCUUCCCUUAUCGUGUUCCUUACAAUGUCCCUUACUCUGUCCCUUACAGCGUCCCUUAUAGUGCCCCUUACAGUGUCCCUUACAGUGCCCUACCGUGCCUCUGACGCUGUCUAUAACAAUUUCCCUAACAAAGUCCCUAACAGUGUCAUACCAAAUCUGUUGGUGUAUAUAAUUAUGUACACCGAAGUUCGCUAA